AUGACGGCCACGAGAAUGCGCUAUCAUAAACGGAACGCCGAGCGGGAUGGCCACUAUCUCAAAGGCUUCGAGCCAGCCCAACAGGCCUUUUUCAGCUUUGUGGAUCAAAACACAAUCCUCGUCACGCAUGCAGCCCAGAACGACCUCGAGGCCCCGCGUCUUGUCCACAACCGCAUUGUCGAUACCCAGAUUCUCACGACAAACAAAGUCCGCGAACUCUACCCCGGGGCAGUCAAUCCCUACAGUUUGAAGCAAAUCACGUACGAGAUCCAUUGGGCGGUGAAUUCCGGGUUUGAUGGGCACUAA